UCUUCUCGUCGCCCUGCCCUCUGCGUACUUCACCAUCCAGACCAUGUUCAGCAGCUUCCAGGAGGCCCCAGAAGUGGCCAACCACAAGAUCUACUGCGUCCAGAUCUGGACAGCGGACAAAGCCGCGCUCUACAAGUCUUACUUCCUCUUCCUGUUUGCUGCGGAGUUCCUGCUGCCCGUUGGGGCCAUGUCCUGCUGUUACACCAGGAUCUGCUGGGAGCUGUGGUUCAAGGACCUCCCGGGGGUCCAGACAGAGCAGAUCAGGGGCCGCCUGAGGGCCAGGAGGAAGACCGUGCUGGUGUUGGUUGGGGUUCUGGUCACCUACGUUCUCUGCUGGGCUCCUUACUACGCCUACUCCCUGGUGCGGGAUUUCUUCCCCAGCGUCCUGCUCAAGGUCACUCACUCGGUGUCCGUGUUCUACGUGGUGGAGUGCAUUGCCAUGAGCAACAGCCUGAUCAAUACUAUCUUCUUCAUCCUGGUGAAGAACAACACCGGGAAGUACGUCAAGAAGAUCCUCCUGCAGAGGUGGAAGUCCCCCCAAGAGACAGAUAGGAUAACCCUGGAAUGCCACUCCUCUCUCCCGCCUUGUUCGGAGUCAGCCGCUGGACAGACCCCCCGCUAGCAAGCCAGCGCAGGAGCAUCAGAUCUGGGGUGGUGAAGUUUUCCAAGCAUGACUACCAUCAAUGUCAAAAACAGAUGACCUAAAAUACUUGAUUGACACCAUGUUUGAUAGAAUUUAAGGGGUCUAAUGAACCAUCCUAACAUCUUUGACCACCAGCACUGAUGGGUCCGUCCAGGAAGGAAUCGGUGACCCAAAAUAUACCAAUUGUAGCACUGUCAAAUAAACUGUUGGUUUUACUUGGUAGAAACUAGAUUUUCGAGGUGCUUGACCACAGACAGGCACCAUUGAUGAUAUGCUGUCCAAGCAAAGUGGAUUUCAGAACAUUCCAGAACGUUUUAUUUAGCCAUGUUUGUUGUCUCAUGUAGACAACAAACUGACAAAACUGGCAGGGACUGUUUCUCCUCGUGGCGCUACAGCGCCCCCAGCUGAAUGAGCUCAGAGCAGACAUCUGCAGGGCUGGCCUUUGUCCUCCAGAGGGCGGUCGCUCGCCGACAUCCGCUCUCGAGUUCCUGGGUGUAGAAGCUGGCUCGGUCCUGGGAUCAGGGGGCGCCCGCUGAACCUUCAGUUCCCCUGAGCUGUGUGGGGAAUUGCUAGGUGAGGGGAGAAAUGAUUGGACCUUUCACAUUGAGGAGAAAAUUGGUGUAAAAUAAUUGGACACACUAAAUAAUUUUUUUUUUAAAUUUUGAGAUCCUGACAUAAUUUUUUCUCAGUGUCCUUGUGGGUCACAGUCAGUAAAAAAAAGUCACCCAUAACUAGAAACAGUGCUGAAUUUAGAAAUUCAACGACAGAUGUUUCGAUAGAAGUCUUACUCAGUAGCUAAACGUUAAAGUGUGCUGGAGACACUGAGAGAAACAUUUCAACCAGAAAUCCUUUCAUUGAGCUUAUUAAGUUUCUUGCAGUGUUUCUAAGUAAGAAAUCUGAUCAGCUCUACAGUAUGUUAUGGUAACGUUUAAAAUAAGCGUCAAUUUAAAACCGCUAGCAUGUACAAAACAAGUCUACAUUGACAAAGCUCUGCAUAACAUUGCAAGUGCAUCAACACUGUGCUAUUGACAAGCAAAAUGCUUUAAUGAAAUCUCAGUACAGCCUUGUAAACACUCAGCCUAUCAAAAUCAUUAUUAAAAAAUGAUUCCUGUUUUAUUAAUUCCGAACUCUGUUUAGGAUUCUUGUUUGGGUCCAGUUUCUAAGCAAGUAAGCAAGACUUUAAAACCCAUUUCUUAUGUUUUAUUAACACUACCAAUGAAGACCAACUAGGCUACUCUCAGGGCUUAAAGGAAAGCGCUAUGAAGGCACAGAAACCAGGACUGGGUUACCUAGUCAUGUUGCUGAAGGAGACUCUUCUUCACACAGAGAGU